AUGGCUCAAGACAUCAAACUCCUCUGUGUCCUCCUAGCUGCUGCCUUACUUGGUCCGGCUACUACAAUUACACCAGGUCCGACCACUACGACAGGUCCGGCUACUACAAACUACACCAGGUCCGACCACUACGACAGGUCCGGCUACUACAACUACACCAGGUCCGACCACUACGACAGGCCCGGCUACUACAACUACACCAGGUCCGACCACUACGACAGGUCCGGCUACUACAACUACACCAGGUCCGACCACUACGACAGGUCCGGCUACUACAACUACACCGGGUCCGACCACUACGACAGGUCCGGCUACUACAACUACACCGGGUCCGACCACUACGACAGGCCCGGCUACUACAACUACACCGGGUCCGACCACUACGACAGGCCCGGCUACUACAACUACACCGGGUCCGACCACUACGACAGGUCCGGCUACUACAACUACACCGGGUCCGACCACUACGACAGGUCCGGCUACUACAACUACACCGGGUCCGACCACUACGACAGGUCCGGCUACUACAACUACACCGGGUCCGACCACUACGACAGGUCCGGCUACUACAACUACACCGGGGUCCGACCACUACGACAAGGUCCGGCUACUACAACUACACCGGGUCCGACCACUACGACAGGUCCGGCUACUACAACUACACCGGGUCCGACCACUACGACAGGUCCGGCUACUACAACUACACCAGGUCCGACCACUACGACAGGCCCGGCUACUACAACUACACCAGGUCCGACCACUACGACAGGCCCGGCUACUACAACUACACCAGGUCCGACCACUACGACAGGCCCGGCUACUACAACUACACCAGGUCCGACCACUACGACAGGCCCGGCUACUACAACUACACCAGUUCCCACAACCACAAAGCUUCCAGGCCCUUGUGACAGAAAACCAUGUGGUGAUGGGAGCACCUGUCAGCCCCGUCACAAUAAAACCUUUGUAUGCUUGUGUGUUGCUGGCGACUACAAUUAUGACACCAAAAUAUGUGAGAGCGCCAAAGUUUUCCCCGGACAACUAGCCCUGCCUGGAUUAAAAUACGUUCAAGCUAUGUCUGACAUGUCCUCAGAAGAAUUUCAAAAUGCCGCGCAAAAUAUUAAUGCAGAGCUGGAAGUUGUUUUCAAGGAAAAUGAUUACUCUAAGUGUACAUUGCUGGAGCUUCGGCCCAUUAAAGAAUCUAAAUUUUGGUCACGUUCGGAGGAUGGUGUAGAGGCAACUGUAGAGAUGAUCUUCCAAGCAGAUGCUGACAUCACAACCGGAGAUGUUAUAACUAAGCUGAAUAGUGGGACUGGUAUACUGGAAAAUUCAACUUUUGUUGAUUCAAACCUGUGUGAUAAGAAGCCCUGUGAUUUGAGUACUUCAAAAUGCAACUCAGGAGAUGGAUCUUUUAACUGUACCUGUUUGGAAGACUUCAUAGAGACAAACUUCAGUGACCGAAUGUGCAUUGCUUGUCCCAGUGGUAAAUAUGCUGUUAAUUCCAAAGAAUGUGAAGAUUGUUCAUUUGGUAGAUCUGGCUUCAACUGCAAAGAAACAUGGAAGCUGACGCUGGUAGUCGUCGGCGCCGUGUUUGGGGGACUGCUGCUCAUCACAGUGAUUCUUUUGAUAAUUUUUGCAACCAAAUCCUCAAAGAAGGGCUCUAAGAAGAACAAAACUGCAGACACUGGGAAGCAUUACGUCAGCCAAGCUCCUGACAAGAAACCAUUGGUUAACAGCAAUUUAGCCAACAGCCAGCCAGCAGCCUCAGUUAAUGGGUCAGCCAAUGGCCUGUCAACCUUUGCCAAUGCCGGGGUGCCCAGGAUCCCACGGGCCUCAACCACCAACAGCUGGGACAGCAGAACCAACCUGGAGAUGACUCAGAGCAAUAGCCGGCAAAACUUUGCACCUGUGGGGAGGAACACGCGGCUUUACGACGACCAUGACGAUAUGAACCCAUAUGCUCAGGCUCGACCCCAGAGCAGUCUCUAUGGUCAGUCUCGACCCCAGAUCAACCCCUAUGCCCAGAAUCGACCUCAGGUCAACCCAUAUGCUCAGAGCCAAGGCCACAGCAACCCUUACUACACGCACGACGACGGAAGACGCUACAAUUGAAGAGGAGGCAUAAAUGCUUACCUUACUGUGACAUUUAACCAGAACAAAAACUUGGUGCUAAAAACACCCCCCACUACCCCAAAACUGUACACCUUUGAUAUCCUACUCUGAGGAUAUGAGGAGUUAUAUAAACAGAAGCACAGCGGUUGCAUAGGUCUUGUGCAAU